AUGUUGCUUUUGGGAAGAUUUGAGGUUAGGUUCUUGGAAGUUCAAGUGGCUGAGCUCGAGGGCGGCGCACACUCGGAUGAAACGAACAGCGGAGGUGACAACAGUAACGCCGGAAGCGUGUCGGGCGGCACAGAUGACGAUCAGGCGCGUCUCCGUUUGAAAAGGAAGCUUCAAAGAAACCGCACGAGCUUCAGCAACGAGCAGAUCGAUGCUCUGGAGAAGGAGUUCGAGAGGACGCAUUAUCCGGAUGUGUUCGCCAGGGAACGACUGGCCGGGAAGAUCGGCCUACCGGAAGCUCGAAUACAGGUCUGGUUUUCGAAUCGGCGGGCGAAGUGGCGGCGCGAAGAGAAGUUGCGCACGCAACGGAGGGACAACCCGCAACACCAACAGCAGCCGCAGCAACAGCAGCAGCAGCCCUCGCAGCAGCAGCAGCAGCACAGCGCCGGGGUCACCCUGGUCGGCACCGGUCAUCCCACGCCGCCCCCGACCUCCGGUAUAUUGGGCGGCCAACCGCCCCCGCAGGCCCCGCCCUCUCCGCCCAGGAUACAUCAUGGUUUCGCGCCCACCGCCGUUUAUCCCGGAAUACCCAGCAUGCCUGAUUCGUACAGCCAGCAGAACCAGCACACAAGCAGCAUGUCGUCGCUGUCCACCGGAAGCGGAAUGGGCCCUAUGGGCAUGACCGUGGGCAUGACGGUGGGCCCAAGUCCCGGCGCCUGCCUGCAGCAGCGGGACAACGGCUACUCGUGCGGCGUGGCGCGGCCCGCCAGCUACGAGCCCCUACAUCUUGGGUACGGCGCGAGGCCCACCUGCAGUCCCACGCAGCCCUACCACACGGCGGGCCUGAACCAGUACAAUCAGAACACCAGCUCGACCGGUCUCAUAUCGCCCGGCGUGAGCGUGCCGAUCGCGGUGCCAGGACAGCCGGCACCAGACAUGGCGGCGCAGUACUGGUCGCCGCGGCUACAGUGACCGUGGUGGUCAUCGGUGUCGACAUCCUCUCCGUAGACCUCGAGCUUCUUUGACUUACGUUAGCUUCCAAAGCGUUGAACACAAGAGAACACUAGGAGAAGAUCCUCGAAAUCGAUGAAAGGCAGUCCCCGCGGACAUUCAGGACAGUCCGUGCCACCGAUGCUCGCCGAUUGCCUUCGAGCCGAACGGUGACACCGCGCGACCACAGGAGACCCAAGCGAAGACGACGCCGGCGAGGUUAGGGCGCCCAGGACAGCUAAAUCGUUUCUUUCAUCAGCGAAACGGCGUGUACGAGUGAUACAGAGCGUUUAGAAAUUACCUUCCUAGUUUUCCUUGUUUUCCUCGAUCCCCGAGCCACUCAGCUUCAACGACGGAGACCGUAGAGGUUAGGUGACCACUAGACUCGUGCACGCUGGGAACGAAGAGUAGACUUCGUAGGCUGGUGUCAUGACGGGAGGACCCGCGGCUACCUUAGUAGUGUAAUGAUCAGUACUUACCGCUUGAUGACCUCCAUUGCGUUUCUAGUUGCGAUUGUAAUUUACCCGGGCGUAGCUGUCCGGGACGGAGAUAGUUCUCAGGAUUCGAUUCGGGACGCUAAGAUGGCCGCGCGGUGGUCCAUGACGACGCCGCGCGGACCGGGUGAGGUUAUGUUGUGUUCUUAGCGGAAUUUCUUUGAUUCGGUGAUAAGUAAGUAAACAGUAUCGGCGCGUUUCUAAUUUCGAGGUUAGGGAGGCUACCGACGCGGACGUCUAGUGAUAAGACAGUUCUGUUGACGCGAAGUGGGAAGAUUGUAGAUUGGACGUAUAGUGCUCGCUUAAAUUUUACUGGUAAGGGUCGUUGGAGUAAAAUUUACGCGAGCGGUACAAAUAUGGGAAGAUGUUCAAUUGAUUUGAGCAGAAUGUGAGGAAGGGAAUCGAUAGUGCGUGCGAAGGCAAUUUCGAAUGAAGUCAUUUUGAGGUUAUGUUCUUGAAUGUGGUGCAGGUGAAUUACUGAGAUUGCGCUGGUUAAAACGAGUCCAAACACGAUGGGAAUUGCACUAGUUUCGCUGACUUAGUGUAAUUAACGAAAUUAAGGUUAGUUUUCAUGAAAUGGAUGAAACUUGACCGAUUUACGUCGUGUUUGGACUCAUUUUAAUCAGGAAAAUGUCAGGAAUCCAUCGGUAUUACAUUUGAGAAGGUAAGAUUAAUCACGUAGUGAAGAAAAUUUCAAUCGCAAGGUUUUAACCUCAUCUUAUCAAAUAUAGUACCAAUGAAUUACUGAGAUUGCGCUGAUUAAAAAGAAUCCAAACACGACAGGAAUCGGACUACGUUUAUUAAGUUAAUUUAAUUAACGAAAUUAAAGGCUCGUUUCCAUGAAAUCGAAAAACUAAUCCGAUUCCUAUCGUGUUUGGACUCAUUUUAAUCAGCACAAUCUCAGCGAUCCAUUGGCACCACAAUUGAGAAAGUACGGCUAAAAUUACUGCAAUUGAAAUUUUCUUCGUUUGUUCAUUAUACUCAUUUUCUCCUACUGAGAUCACGUUACACCGAGCUCGAGUGAGUAGUGGGAUGAAAGUCCGUUGUAAAAUUUAUCCGAGCAGGUUUCCGUAAAAUUUAAGCGAGCGUGUUGUUUUCAACCAAUCCGUUAAACGUAAUUCCACGCAUCGGAGUGUUCUCGUGGUAAAAUAAGGGACAGCCGUACGAACACGAUCGAAAUGUUUAUUUCGAAUGUGCCCAUUCUCUUCUGAACGUUACUGCGAGCUGUUGCUUUCAUCCGUCGCCUUUCCUUUCGCGAUCCUCGCUUAUUGUGCUCCGUAACGCCAAGGAAAAAGCGACCCUCUCGUUUCACUUGUUUCAGCUAACGAUAUAAGGUUAAACGAAAAUUCAUAUCCCGGAUGGAAAUCGGACGACAGCGGUCGACAGGCGUGAACGUCGAUGGGAUUCGUCGAAGGGAACGACACAGGAAUUGUACAACUCUCGAUUAGCGGAAUAAUUUGAGCGUGCGCGGCGAAAGCGAUGGAACGGUACCAACGGGAACCGAUUAGCAAUGGCGUGCGUGCGUGCGUGCGUGGCAGAGUUUUUAACGGCAGUUCGUAGAUGUAACCUCUAGGCCAAUAAAAAGAACGUAAAAUAGGUUUUAAGUCGGUAUUAUUUAUAUUCGUGUAAGGGGCGCAAGCGAGACAAGAGUAAUUGAACGUUUAUUGUGUGUACAUCGUAAUGAUAUCGACAUUUAUAUAUAGUUGAUUCUAAUCCCAAGUAUCCGAUAAAGCAAACUCGAUUUCAUCAUUUAUAUCCGGUGCAAAACGAUCGAUCAGCAGAAAAACGCGACACCAGGUAUGUUAACCGUACGAUUAUGCAUUCGAAAUAAAUAGUGUGUGCAUUUAAGUAAAAUCUUGUUCCGUCACUUACCUCCGAAUCGACCCCCGUCCUCUCCCAGGCGAGAAAGAAAAUUAUAAAUGGAGAAAUUAGUUGUAAUUGUGUAAAUGAAGAAAAUUUCAAUUGCAAUCAUUGUAAUUGUAGCUUCUCAAAUGUGGGACCAACGGAUUGCUGAGAUUCUGCAGAUUAAAAUGAGUCCAAACACGGCGGCAAUCGGACUAGUUUUUCGAUUUCAUGGAAACGAGCCUUUAAUUUCGAAAAUUACAUGCAAUUCCUAAAACUAGUCCGAUUUAUAUCGUGUUUGGGCUCGUUUUAAUCAGCUCGAUCUCAACAAUCCAUUAACACUGCAUUUAAGAAGGUAAGGUUAAAAUGACUGCAACUGAAAUUUUCUUCACGACAUGUUUAACUUGAUCUUCUAAAUUAUAGUACCGAUGGAAUGUUGAGAUUCUUCUAAUUGAAAUGAGUCCAAACACGACCUAAAUCGAACUAGUUUUUUCGAUUUCAGGCUGUACUUGAGUCAACGGAAGCAAAUAGCUCCCUCCUGUUUUUUCUGCUCGAUUAAAUUUCACUGCUGGGACCUCAAGUUGUUAAAUUUAAACGAGCAUUACUGUAUUACUACCUAGGUAACACUAUAAAAAUUUUCUUUCGAGCGAAAAUUAUAA